CUCCGUAAUAUUCGAAGCCUCAGGGUGAAAUUUUGGUGUCUGAGAGCUGCUCAUGGUGGCCGUUUGGUUCUGAUGAUUCCAUCAUUUACGUGGAAUUCUCCUAAAUUGGUGAUCUCUCCUCCUCUUGAUUCCCGAUUGCGUGCCCUGGUUUCGUUUUUACUCCCAGCUCCGAUCUGUUGGCAAAGAUCUAGGGUUUCUAGGUUUAUUGCUGCAUAAAAGAAGAUCUUUUUAAGCCAAAUGAUUGCCAGUUUGGACGUUUAUCUUGCAGCAUAAAAGAAGAUUAAUGUGGAGAGAGACUGUUAAGCAAUUUUUUUCUGAAGAAACAUUUACAGGAAGUUAGCCCUCCAGCGACACCCUGACAAGAACAAGUCCAUAGGGGCAGACAGUGCUUUCAAGCUCAUGUCUGAUAAGAAUUGGAAAAUGGAAUAUGACCAGUUGAGAAAUGUUAAUGGUUUUCGAAACCAAGGUUCUCAACCGAAUGGAGAUCAUUCUGUUCGUAGUUCUGCCAUUGGUUUCUGCUCAUUUUCCCACACCACAUUGUCCAAUAAAGGGCCUCAAAAUAGCAACAGUUCAAUUUGAACAGAUUUUGGACAUCAUGCGAUUAUUGAAGAAUGCAGUAUGAAUACUCUAUGAUUUUCUUUAAUCACAAUCUUUUAUAUCCCAAUUGCCAUCAAGCCUUCGUGGCUAUUGAGCUUGGAAUUCCAGGUAAUGCAGCAAAUUCUUCUAUUUCUUGGUUAGCUAAGCGAUGCCCACAGAAUUUGAACCAUAAUUACAUUGCUGAAAAUUGCUGGUUUCAAAGCGGGCCCAAAGGAGGUUAAUAGGAUCACAAAAGAAGAGAUGUUUCAAUUUUCGCAUCAGGUACCUUCUUAUUUGCUUACGGGUGAAGAAGCUCAUAAUGCUCUGAAGGCCUGCUUUGAAUUGGACCCAUCCACAACUCAUGUUGAUCUGAUUUGGAAAUUUUAUAAGGCACAUGAUGAACCUUUGGCAUCAAACAUAGUGGACUUGUUGCAAAAUGAAGUCUCAGCGAGCUUCAAAACUCCAUUUCAUCAUCCCAGGGUAGUUGGGCUAUUCACGAAUCUUAUAUGACAGUUGAUUCUUAUCCCAAUAUACACGGAGGUUGUUGCUGGAAUAGCAAUCAAUUUUUGGAGACCAUAUUAUCUUGUUAGAACCUGAUUUCCAUCUUUACCUUUGAAGGUCGAACUUCCUAUGCCCUUAAAGGAUUCUACACGCAUGUGACUGUCUUCUGCUGGAAUUAUGUCUGCGAAUCAAGUCCGACACCUUUUGAGGUUAAUCAUGAACUCCUCUUGGCAUCAACAAUUUCUUGGCUACUUUCUUCUGAUGAACAGAUUGUCGGAUUAGCCAAAAAUAAAUAGAAGGAGAAAAAAAGGUCCUAAAUAGGUAGAGUAUAUGAUAGAGAUGGCACACAAUAGCUACUUCAUUUAUUGAUACUGACAUGAAUGAGUAGCCACAAUUAACAGGAUUAGGCAACAACUGAAAUAUGAGACAUGAUGCUGGUGAUAGCUACAGUGAAGGAAGAAGGAACUAGUAGCUGUCUUGCUGCUUUAGCUCAGCCUCUCGGGUGGUGGUGGAGUCUCGGACAGAUUCUUUUCUAUAGUAUCAAGGUGCUGGAUCUGUCCAACUACACGAUCAUAUGGAGGGUUCUGCGGAUUUGGACCUGAUGGAACCUGUCGCUGAAUUGGAAGUAGACCUUGCAUCUCAUCAUCAUGUUUUCUGGUAACAUCGAUGGUGCCAGAGGCUAUUUGCAGAUGCUUGACAGGAAAGGCAGUCUGGCUUGUAUCUUCAGCAACAUGCCUGCUACUCUUUUCGAGUCUUCUUCCCAUUGCAUCGCCUGCAGACACAGCCAGAAGAAAUGCUAGAAUAUAAAUGACUUCUCUUUGCUCCAUACCUCUGGUAUGUUGAGUUUUAGAUGGAUCCAUAUGAAUGAGUUCCUGGUCUUUUUAUAGGCCCCUAAAUGUGGAGGGAAGUAUAUAGAUUCAGGAAACCAUGUGUCUUUUUUCUUAUAACCCUAGCAAACUUGUUGUCAUCUACUUUAAUUAGGUAACAAUCUCUUUCUGUGUACUUUAAAAAGCUCUUAUUGCCCUUCUGAUCAGGUUGGCUAGCACUUCAGGUGUCACCCAAAUCAAUCACUUUCUGAUCAUAUGUGGGAGUGGCCAACGUCAAGUAGGAGACAUGAGCGCACAUCAUUACUUGCCAAGUGGUUGGCUAGCACUUCAGGUGUCACCCAAAUCAAUCACUUUCUGAUCAUAUGUGGAAGUGGUCAACGUCAAGUAGGAGACGUGAGCACACAUCAUUACUUUCCAAGUGGUCAGUUCAUUUCUUCAACUCAAAACUCAGUGGAGAAACCAGUAUAAAUUGUUGUAGAUUGGCACUAUUUGAUUCUUAAAAGAACUAUGUAGGAUCUGAAGAUAUGACAAUAGCAGGGGAUCCUUGAUUCCUGGAGCUGUACUCUAUUGGAAAACCACUCUUUUCCAAUGAUCUGUUGGAGGUGCUGUCAUCAGAUCAGCAAGCUUCUGCAGAAGGUACUUCAGUCUUUUCCUUUUUUUAAAGUACAUAUCCUCAGGAAAAUUUUGCUCUCCAUACCAGCUUGAUAUGAUGCAAGCUUAAUAAAGACUCCAAUAAUCUGAACUACCAAAACAUUCAGAGAUGGACUUCCAAUUGGUAGACCAUAUAUCUAGAGCAAGCCAUGGAGAAGAGCUGAGAAAGAAGAGGACACAGUCACAACAACAGAUGAAUGGUGUCCAUAGCACAAGUGCUGCAUACAGGCACAAAGCUUACCUCAAACAGAACAGGGUGAUGGUAAUGGACAAUGCUACUGGGUGCUAAUGUUCAACAGAGACAUGAGAUGAAGAGACAAUGAUGGUUUGGACCCAUAUUAUGGAGACGCUGCUUCCCUUCAUCACAUCCAGUCUGUCUAUAUGGAGUAGAUGAGGUAGCCUGCCUACUAAAGAUUGGUUGGAUGUCAGAAUCUUCACAAUCUUUAGCCAAAGCAUAAGAACUCUAUGGCAGGCAAACAGCAACCUGACAUGCCUCAAGCACACCUCCUAAUUCUGAGCACAGUGACUCACUGGUCAAUCAAUGAAACCUUGUUCAGUGAAACCAACAUACUACAAAUCCCAGGCUGCAGCAUCUCAUCAUUAAUCACCAGCAUCAUAUUUAAUCAGCAGUAACCAUCAUUCCUGAUGUAACUUUGCUUCUUGGACAAAGUGAUAUGGAGUCCUGGGGAUUAGGAGGCCAACCCUACCUACUAUUCAUCAACAAGGAGAUUUUAAUUGGCUGUGGUUGGUUCCAUGCCAGUAGCCAACCCCAACCAAGUGAAACUGAAACAUGAAGAAGAUUUUGAGCUCUCAAACAUGGUUGGUGUACGAUCCUUCAACCCCACCAACCAGCUCAGCACGAUCCGUUGGCACGCAAGAACCAUCACCUCCAUCAUCUCUGGUUGCUCAGGUUGCUCAUCAGAUUCCUCAGCUGUCAAAGAUGGUUGCAGAGACCAGGGAGAUGUUUGAACUCAGCGUGAGGCAAGGGGAAGUAACGCUUGUUCCCCCAGCGGAAGAGACGCAGAAGGGCCUCUACUUCCUCACCAACCUCGACCAGAACAUUGCAGUCAUAGUGCAGACCAUAUACUGCUUCAGGUCGUCGGAGAAGGGGAAUGAGAAGGCUGGGGAGGUGAUAAAGGAGGCUUUGGCGAAGGUCCUCGUUCAUUACUACCCGCUCGCCGGCCGGCUUACGAUCAGCAACGAGGGGAAGCUCAUCGUGGAUUGCACCGGAGAAGGUGCGGUGUUCGUCGAGGCCGACGCAGACUGUGAGAUGGCGGACAUCGGUGACAUCGCCAAGCCCGACCCCAACACACUUGGGAAGCUCGUUUACAACGUUCCUGGUGCCAAGAACAUACUGGAGAUACCUCCACUGGCGGCUCAGGUCACAAGGUUUAGAUGCGGGGGAUUCAUCCUUGGGUUGGCCAUGAACCACUGCAUGUUCGACGGCCUCGGAGCAAUGGAGUUCGUCAACUCGUGGGGCGAAACGGCGCGAGGGCAGCCGGUGUCGGUGCCGCCCUUCAUCGACCGCACCAUCCUCAAGCCACGAGAACCCCCCGUCAUCAGUUUCCCCCACCACGAGUUCGCUGAGAUCGAAGACGUCUCUGACGUCGUGACCGUGUACCAGGAAGAGAUGCUGUACAGAUCCUUCUGCUUCGACCCCGAGAAGCUCGGGCGCGUCAAGAGGAGUGCCAUGGACGACGGGGCCCUGGACAAGUGCACCACUUUCGAGGCGCUCUCCGGACUGGUCUGGCGAGCCCGGACGGAGGCGCUGCUGCUGCAGCCCGGCCAGCAGACCAAGCUCUUGUUCGCGGUCGACGGGCGGUCGCGAUUCGACCCUCCGCUGCCGGAGGGGUACUUCGGCAACGGCAUCGUACUCACCAAUUCCCUGUGCACCGCGGGAGAGCUUCUGGCUCGCCCGCUCUCCUUCGCCGUCGGACUGGUGCAGGACGCAGUCAAGAUGGUCACCGACGAGUACAUGAGAUCCGCCAUGGACUACUUCGAGGCGACGAGGGCGAGGCCUUCUCUGACUGCUACUCUACUGAUCACGACUUGGUCAAGACUGUCCUUCCACACCACGGACUUCGGGUGGGGGGAGCCGGUUCAGUCCGGGCCGGUGACUCUCCCUCAGAAGGAGGUCAUCCUGUUCCUGUCGCAUGGGAAGGAGAGGAAGAGCAUCAAUGUGCUCCUGGGGCUCCCAAACUCAGCAAUGGCGAGGUUCCAAGAGCUCAUGGAGAUAUAGGAAGUCAUGGAGGACGGGUCUUCUACGUUCAUGGAUGUCUGUUUCCGUAGUAACUAUACGCUUAUGCAUUCAUAAUUGUUUCAUCAUUGUGUCAGAUGUGCUAUUGUGGGAAAAACUAUAAUAAGAUGGCGAAUUAUUAAUCUUAUUCUCUUUCA